AUGUCGGCAAGAAAGAAUGUUAUCAUUACCGGGGCCGGCGGAAUGAUCGGUCCCAUGCUGGCCCAGCGUCUUCAUAAUGACGGAUACAAUCUUAUUCUGACAGACAUCGUUGAGCCUAAGCCCCCAAAAGGCGGCAGCCCAGAAACCGUCAAAUGUUUGAAAGGGGACAUUACCGAUGCGGCCUUUGUGAAGACAUUGCUUGAUGCUGCACAGCCGCUGCAUGCCAUCUUCAUUUUCCACGGUAUCAUGUCUGCAGGCUCUGAGGCAGAUUUCGACCUUUCAAUGAGAGUCAAUGUCGAGAGCGUCCGAAAAUUGCUCCUUGCUGUUCGCAAUCUGCCGCAAGCUCCAGUAAGAGUGGUAUACUCGAGCUCACAGGCUGUGUACGGGCAACCUUUGCCAAAGGUGAUCACAGACGAUGUUACACCCACGCCCGAGGGAACGUACGGUGCACACAAGUACUCUACUGAGAUCAUCAUCAACGACAUGCACCGGAAAGGCUUCAUCGACGCUUUUACAGUUCGAUUCCCAACCGUGGUGGUCCGAGCCGGAGCGCCGAGCAAUGCGGCCCCGUCUUUCCUCUCAGGCAUGAUCCGGGAGCCAAUGAAAGGAGAAGAGUGUGUGAUACCGCUCACAGACAGGUCAUACAAGACAUAUGUGUGUUCUCCGAGCAGCACAAUUGAGAACCUGGUGCGGGUGCUCAACUUGAAGAGUGAUGCGCUGCCAAAACACCAGCGGCAUAUCAUGUUCCCAGGCGUGGCAACCACCAUCCAGGACCUCAUGGAUGCGUUGGCCAAGUAUGGCGGCGAGGAUAAGCUGAAGCUUCUCAAGGAAGAGACGAACCCUACCUUCGAGAGGAUUCUGAGGAGUUGGCCGGAGGACUUCGACCCUAGCACGCCAGACAGACUCGGUCUGCUUAGGGAUAAGAACGCAGAGGACUUGGUGAAGGAGGUUGCUCUCAAGUCGGGGUCACUUAUGGUGACUUGGAAGCCCACGGUACGGGCCAGGGCUCAAGUAACCCUGGCGCUGAAAUCUCCAGGUGCUGUUUUUGGCGGCGCUGCAAGCCAACCCAGUCUCUUGGAGUUUGUUCGCCUUCAGGAGACGGCAAUGGGCAACGGAAGGCAAAAUGUCCUGGCCUCCACUUCCGGCCAAGCAGGGCUGGACGAGGAGGAGCGCCAGCUCCAGGACGGGGCUCGCUUGUCCAAGACGGACCACGACGGCACAGAUUCUGCAACGGCGGGCAGCGCUGCUACAAAACGCGCCGCCGACAAGGAAAUCGGAAGAGGUGUUAUCAAACGAUUCCGAACAGUCUCAACCACAAGCGGCCUGUCAGAUGUCAGCAUGGCCUUCCCGAACGGCGCUCUCCGCAUCACUCGCACCCCUGGAAGGUCGAGGGCCAAGAAUUGCAUCAACCUGGCAGAUGUGAUACACAAAGACAGCCUCGUAUCCGCCUGUAUCUUUUCCUUUUUUAUAGCCAACGAGGAGCUCUUUGAACACCUUCCCUUGUCACAUACCUCGAAUGCUGUGCCGAUAUAUAUCGGGCGAGACGCAAACAUGGAUCCUAUGGUACCCGAUGCAUGUACACAGAGUGGUAUAGCGUUCAGGGAGAAGAUUUCGAAGAAACAGCUACAGGACAUCCGCCCAAAGCUGGAGCAGUUGCAUCGGCGAGCUUACGGGAACAGUUACCACGCCUUUUAUGCCUGGUCAUCGGGGUCCUCACACUCCAAAAUUCUUACCCUGGUGUACCCAGAGUUCUUAAGGAUCGCCAUCACUUCCUGCAAUAUGAUGGACAUCGAUACGGAGCUGGGCGACAACCAUUUUUAUAUUCACGACUUGCCGAAACUCGCCUCUCGACAAGAUCAGCUGUCCACAUUUGAAUCAGAUCUACUUGCUCAUCUGAAAGCUCUGGGGACACCGAUAGAGUUCAUCAACUCAAUACAGGGGAAAUACGACUACUCCACUGUCCAGGUCCAUCUUGUCACGUCUGUUCCUGGCACAUACUCAGGCGCCAAAGCCCAAGAUUGCGGGUUGCUCCGUCUACGGGAAAUAAUCAAAAGUCUGGACCUGAACCUAGCGCAGAAAAAGCGCCAGGGAAAGUUGCAGCUUGAAGUAUGCGCAGCCAGUCUUGGAAACCUAUCUGCAAGAUGGCUUGAUGGGUUCUUUGACUGCGCGUUGGGGCGGAAAUACGUCGAGAUCACCCAAGACUGCGACGUGCCCAGUGAUUUAAAAUUAUUUUACCCGACCGUUGAGGAUGUCAGGUCAACAGACGAAGAGGCACAGCACGGCGCCAGCAACAUUGGAUGUCAUAUCCGCCCUUGGAAGGAAUCACCAAAAGCCAUCAAGGACAUUUUCCAUCACUACCACUCGAAGGACUCGGGCAAGCUCUUCCAUCAGAAGCUUAUCCUUGCGUACAACCAUACAUCGCCGACCUCGUUGCCUUACUACGUCUACAUAGGUUCUGCGAAUCUUUCGUCUUCUGCAUGGGGAGCCCUGGAGAAGGACAAGAAGGAAAACAAGGCGACGUGCGAUUUGAAGCUCAUAAAAACCUCCAACUUUGAGUGUGGCGUAGUGGUACCGGGCGACUUAAUUGAGAGCAUUCUCGAGCCGGGAACAAAGAGCUGGCAAGACGGUAUUGUGCCGUAUGACCAAGCUGCAAGCAAAUACGAUAUCGGCAAGGACAGGCCUUGGAACGAUCCAAGGACCGUAGUGGUGGCGCUAUCUGUUCUGGCUGCAAACUUGCUCGCACCAGUGGUCGCGUACACGAGCCUCUCCGACGACAGCCUGCAUCGAAUACCGGCAGGAGGCGCCGACUUCGACAUCCACAAUGACGCCGGGCUGCUCGCGCCCAUCCUGAUCCCGCGCGUGCCUGACACCCCAGGCUCCGAGAAAGUCCAACAGCACUUCGCCGACUUCUUUGAGAACAACCUGCCGGGAUGGGCUGUUGAAUGGCACAACUCCACGUCCAAGACCCCGGCCACGGGGAACAAGCUCGUGUCCUUCCGUAACCUGAUCGUACGCCGCGACCCCCCGUGGGCCGCCGUCGGCGACGUCGCGCGGCUGACCCUUGCAGCGCACUACGACAGCUUGUACAGACCUGAGGGUUUCAUCGGAGCUACCGACAGCGCUGCGCCGUGCGCUAUGCUGCUGCAUGUCGCACGGAGCGUAGACGAGGCGCUGACGAAGAAGUGGGAGGCUAUGCAAUCUGCUGGAGACACGGAUGGCCUCGAGGAAGAGAAGGGCUUGCAGAUACUGCUGCUAGACGGGGAAGAGGCAUGGGUGCAAUGGACUGACACGGACAGCACCUACGGGUCGCGCGCGCUCGCCUCGCACUGGGACAGCGAAGUCCACCCGGCCAUGUCGGCCUUUAAGCGUCCGAUCGAAUCGAUCUCCCUGUUCGUCCUGCUUGAUCUCCUUGGCGCAAGCGACCCACACGUGCCGUCCUACUUUCCAACGACGCAUUGGGCAUACCAAAACCUGGCUAAGAUCGAGAACCGAAUGCGCCAGCUGAAGCUGCUCGAGUCGAAGCCCAAGGGCCGCUUUCUGCCGGAACACGACAAGAAGCCGUGGCAGUUCCACCCUGGUUUUGUCCAAGACGACCAUGUGCCGUUCAUGGAUCGAGGAGUCGACAUCCUGCACCUAAUCCCGACGCCUUUCCCGUCAUCUUGGCACAAGAUGGACGACGACGGCGAGCACCUUGACGGGCCUGCAGUGCAGGACUGGGCCAAGCUUAUAACUGCCUUCGUAGCUGAGUGGAUGGAUCUUGAAGGCUUUAUACCAUUUUUAAAAGAAGAGAGCGUGGAUGACAGGCUUCGUAAGACAGAGCUUUGA